UUUUCGUCCGCACUCCGAAGUCGCUGAAACUUUGCGUGCGGUUUGAUUUGACUAAAUGAGGGACUGAGCGCUCGUCCUCAUCCGCCGCUGGCCGCUGCGGAGGAGAGCUCGUCCCGGCGUUGUUCGCGCGGCCAGAGGCGGCGAAGCAGGCUUCCAGAGUCGCGGAGGAGGUGCAGACUCCCUCCCGCUCCUCAGACCGUCCAAGCCUUCUCGUCGCCGGCCGCCGCACUCCGAGUCGCGCCGCCGGCCGCCGCAGUGGCAGUGGCAGUGGCAACGCCGGCCGAGCAGCUCCCGACCCGCCUCCUCCAGCAGAUUCAACGCCAACCUGCUCGUCCAGCACCAGCUCCGUCCGCGUCUGCAGCAGCCGGCUGGCCCAACCAACCAUGGGCUUUCAAGAGCUGUGCCGAACGUUUCGCGCGCGCCAGGUGUCCGCCAUGCGGCUUCCACAUGGACACCGCCCCUCGCCGCCGUGUCUCCACCUCCUGCUCUUCACCGCCCUGUGUUUCACCGUCCAAGAAACCGCCGCCCAUGCGCCAAGAACAGGAACCACUGUAGAAGACCGCGUCGCGAGUGUCCCCGGAAUCAUGGCGUGGGCCGCGUGGCCAGAAAAAUGCGCAUGGUUACCGUUAGGAAUGAGUGGGAAGAGUUACUCAUAUACUCUCUUAUCCAAAUACCACAAGAUUUGGAAGGGCACGGAGGUAAAAGAUGUUCUGAAACAAGAACCAGGUAGUGGUGUGAUUGCCUUGAAGGAGGCAAUGAAGUACUUCGAUGCUGAUUUUUUCAAUGACUCAAAACUACGUGAGAUGGAAGACGGUGCUAAAGAAUUCAAUAUACCCGCAUUUAGAGAAAACCGAAAGUUGGUGGCUUUGGAGAAUGGUGGGUUGCAUAACCCUUCUGUUCUUGUCUUCAAAUCAUCAUGGAGUGGCGAAACCAAAGCCAAGGAUAGUAAUAGAUUCGACUAUCCUCACACCUCUGCGGUACAUCGCCCUAGUAAUGAUGAAGAUAUUGCCUUUAUGUCGAUAGUUGAGCUUGGGGAGCUUAUUAGGACAAAGAAAAUAACAUCACGUGAACUUACUGAUGUAUUCUUAAGGAGAUUAAAAAGGUAUAGUACUGUUCUUGAAUCUGUUGUUACAUGCACUGAAGAUUUAGCAUACAAACAAGCAAAAGAGGCAGAUGACUUGCUUGAGCAAGGAAAAUACCUUGGUCCCUUGCAUGGCAUUCCGUACGGCCUGAAGGACAUAAUUGCAGUCCCACAGUACAAUACCACUUGGGGCUCAAAGACAUUUAAGAAUCAAGUUAUUAAUAUGGAAGCUUUUGUAUACAAAAGGUUGAAGUCCACUGGGGCGGUCCUUGUCGCGAAGCUGGUCACAGGUUCACUUGCCUAUGAUGAUAUAUGGUUUGGGGGAAGAACACGAAACCCUUGGAACAUUGAGGAAUUUUCUACUGGUUCGUCAGCAGGGCCAGCAGCUAGUACCUCUGCAGGAAUGGUUCCCUUUGCAAUUGGUUCAGAAACUGCAGGAUCCAUAACAUACCCUGCCGCUAGAUGUGGAGCAACUGCUUUGCGCCCGACAUUUGGAACCGUUGCACGGACCGGUGUCAUGAGCAUUUCUGAGAGUCUGGACAAACUUGGUCCUAUCUGCAGAACCGCAGUGGACUGUGCUAUCGUACUAGAUACAAUCCGUGGCACAGAUGCUGGUGAUCCCUCAUCCCGUGAAAUCGCAUUAGAAGAUCCAUUUCAUGUUGACAUCACAGAACUCACUGUUGGAUAUCUUGACAGUGCUGAGAUGGAGGUUGUCAAAGUUCUUUCUGCCAAGGGUGCUAAGCUUGUGCCUUUCAAGUUGAACUACACCGUUGAAUCGGUUCAGUCUAUUCUGAACAUCACGAUGGAUGUCGAUAUGCUUGCGCAUUUUGACAACUGGCAACGCGAAGGAAAUGAUGAUGACUAUGAAGCUCAAGACCAGUGGCCGGUGGAGCUUCGUCGUGCUCGAUUAAUCCCAGCAGUCGACUAUGUACAGGCACAGAGAGCACGAGGUAAGCUGAUCAGGGAAAUCCAGGAGAGCUUCACAGUUGAUGCAUUCAUUGGCAAUGUGACCGACUGGGAGCUCGUUUGUGUGGGAAACCUCGUCGGAAUGCCUAUCAUGGUGAUUCCUACAGGCUUCAAGAGCAUAAAAGAUCCACCAAAAGGCGGCACGAGAAGAAGAACCACAGUCACGACGGGCAUAUAUGCUCCACCUGACCAUGACCACAUUGCUCUCGCUCUGGCGAUGGCGUACCAGUCGGUCACCAGUCACCACAAGCAACGGCCACCACUUGACGAUCUAGUCCCGGGUGACACGAUACACACGUAGCCAGCUGAUGAGACGGUAUGAGGAAAGGUCCGAGUAAUAUGUGCGGUAUUUUCCUUUCAAAGGUUGUACUUUGUAAUUUUAUAUUCAAAAGGCACAGGGCCAUAACUAAAAUUGUAAAUUACAUCUGGGGUACGUGGAUAACCCCUUCCACUUAUUUACGGAGUAGCUCAUCAAGGCAGUUAUGUCUGCAA